AUGGCGGCUCCGUCGCGGCGCUCGACGCGGUACGCGUCGAUGAGUGAAUCGCCCAAGCGCCCUGGGCUACGAAAACGGCCGCAAGGCUCGUUCUACUCGCAGUACUUUGCCGAAGGAGAGCUGAGCGAGGAGGACGAUGAACCCCCUCGUGACGUGCACGAGCCGUCACCGCCCCGCGUGCGCCUCACGCGCAGCGGGCGGCGCUCGACAAGCUAUGUAGAGCCGAGCUGGGAUGACGACGAAGAGUCGCCUCCUCGCCGGCGUACACGCACCUCCGCCAAGGGCCUGCGGGGCUUUGUCGCGCCGGACGACGAGGACGAAGACGAAAACGCGGACUAUGGCGAGACGGUGCGCGCACGCCGCGCGGCGGAGCGCACACAGCGCCGCGAAAAUCUAAUGAGCCUCGCCGCGUCGCGGUCGGCACGCCGCCACCGCGACUCGUCGGAGCCCGAGCUGAUGCGCUCGAGCGCUCGCCUCGCCCAGCGCGAGCGCAUGGCGUCCGAGGAACACUACUCGGAAGAGACGCCCUCCUCGGCAGAGAGCGAACACGAGCAGACGGGGCGUGCGUACAGCUUCCGCACGCGGAAAAAGAUCAACUACUCCAUGGUUGCGCCACCGCCCGAGCCGCCGCGCGACGGCUUUGGACGGCGUGUGCGCCGCGCGUCGCGCCCCUCGCGCGCGUACGAGCUGCCAGCCGCACCGCCGCACCAAGGCAUCGGCCUGCCGAGCCUGCCGUACUCGUCGCUGCCGCGGGGGCGCCGGGGAAAAGAAGGAUGGGAUGCGCUGCCGCUGACCAUGUCUGGCAAGGACUACGCCAGUGCGUUUGGCGAGGCGGACGACAGCUCGGACGACGAGCCGCCGCGCACGCUCGCUGCGCCAGUGACAGGUGGCAGCGCGCUCCUCGAAAACGGCCCUGCGCCGGCGCCGGCCGGCCUCGGGACUGCGACCGAUGCGAUGGGGCGCGUCAAGAGCGGCGGCGAUCCGCUCGCGGACGUCGAUCCUCUGGGAGUCGACAUGCAGAUCGACUUUGGGCACGUCGGCGGCCUCGAACACCACGUGCAGCAGCUCAAAGAGAUGGUCUCCCUUCCGCUGCUGUACCCCGAGCUGUUCCAGCGCUUUGGCGUCACGCCGCCGCGUGGCGUGCUCUUCCACGGCCCCCCGGGAACAGGCAAGACGCUCGUCGCGCGUGCGCUUGCGGCAAGCUGCUCGACGUCCGGCCAGAAAAUCAGCUUCUUUAUGCGCAAAGGUGCCGACUGCCUGUCCAAGUGGGUUGGUGAGGCGGAGCGCCAGCUGCGUCUGCUCUUUGAAGAGGCCAAGAAUGCACAGCCGAGCAUCAUCUUUUUCGACGAGAUCGACGGCCUGGCGCCGGUGCGGUCGAGCAAGCAGGACCAGAUCCACGCAAGCAUCGUAAGCACGCUGCUUGCGCUUAUGGACGGCAUGGACGGGCGUGGGCAAGUCGUCGUGAUCGGCGCGACCAACCGCCCCGACUCGGUAGAUCCCGCAUUGCGGCGCCCCGGCCGCUUUGACCGCGAAUUCUACUUUCCACUGCCGACCAAAGAGGCGCGCCUCAGCAUCCUCUCGAUCCACACGCGCAACUGGGAGCCCCCGAUCACCGAUGAGCUCAAAGAGGUGCUGGCCGGUGCGACGAACGGCUUUGGCGGUGCCGAUCUUCGUGCAUUGUGCACAGAGGCGACGCUCAACGCCAUUCAGCGGCGCUAUCCCCAGAUUUAUAGUUCGUCGGAGCGCCUGCUCCUCGACCCGGCGUCGGUCGAGGUGGGCGGCCGCGACUUUUUGCUUGCGCUCGAGAAAAUGGUGCCGUCGUCUGCACGUUCUGCCAGCACCGCGGCCACGCCGCUGCCGGCGCACCUCGUGCCGCUGCUCGGCAGCGUCGUCGAUGCGGCGCACAAUGUAUGCCGCCGCAUCCUUCCCCAAAAGGACAAGCGCUCGGCGCUCGAAGAGGCGCUUUGGGAAGUCGACCCUACAGCGCUCGGCGCCAUGCCCUCGAUCGCUGCCGAGUCGCCGGCAGGUGCACUAGAGCGCGAGCUCCUGCAGCAAUCGUUUGAAAAGGCGCGAGUGUACCGCCCUCGCCUCCUUCUCCAUGGGCCGGCUGGCAUGGGCCAGGCGACGGCUGCUGCCGCGCUGCUGCACCGCCUCGAAGGAUACAACGUCCAGACGAUUGCGGUUGCGUCGCUUUUGGGCGACAGCAGCCAGACGCCCGAGUCGUCGCUCGUGCAGCAGUUUAACGAGGCACGCCGCCUCAAGCCGAGCGUCCUGCUCGUGCCCGAGCUCGACCGCUGGCCCGUGCUUCUGUCCGAGAGUGUGCGCGAAGCGUUCUGUGCGCUGCUCGACACGCUCAAGCCCGAGGAUCCCGUGAUGCUGCUCGGCGUCGCGAGCGUGCCGUUUGACGAGCUCCCGAGCGAGAUCCGCGCGUGGUUCGGCAUCCUGCCGCUCCACCGCGUUGCGAUUCCGACGCCGUCCGAGGACGCGCGCGCCGCGUACCUCGGCGACAUUGCGCGCCAGGCCGCUCGGCCGCCGUCGCAGUUUGCCGACGGUCUGCCGCGGCGCAGGCGUGUGCUGGACGAGCUGCCAAAAGCACCGCCGCAGCCGCCGCGCCAGCCGACGCAGCUCGAGUUGAGCCAGCAGACGGAAAGCGACGCGCGGCUGCUCGAGCACCUCAAGUUCCGCCUCGGCCCUGUGCUUGCCGAGCUGCGCAAAAAGUUUAAAAAGUUUACGCGCGACGUCUGGGACGAGUACAAUCUUCGCGAGCUUAUGGCGCAGUUUGACUGGCGCCGCGAAAAAGGCAAGGUGAUUGUCACGCUGCGCUACGACAAGUCCGACCAGCUCGUCGGCGCGUCGUCCGACGAGGGUGAGAACGAUGUGCCGGCGGACGUUGGCGGUAGCGACGAGGGCGCAGACGAGGACGCAGACGAGGACGCAGACGAGGACGCAGACGAGGACGCAGACGAGGGUGCGGACGAGGAUGCGGAUGCCGGUGCGGACGAGGCCCCCGAUGCAGCUAUCGAUGAGCCGGUGGUCGUGCCGGCAGACGCGCCGGCGGACGCGCUCGAUGCGCCUGUCGAGGCGCCUGUCGCGGAACCUGCCGAAUCCCACACGGCCGACACCGACAUGGCGCCCGUGCACGAGGCGCCUGCCCCCACCGCUUCUGCCGAGGCGCCUCCUGCCGAGGCCAACGACGACUCACCGUAUAUCCUGCGCGACUUUACCAUUUAUACCAUGACGUUGGAAAAGAUGCAAAAGCGUCUGUACUACAACGGCUACCUUACGUGCGAUGCGUUCAUGGACGAUAUCAACAAGAUCGUGUCGAAUGCCGAGGAGGCACGCGAGGUCGAUGCGGACCGCGUGUUCCGUGCACGCCAGAUGCAGAACCUCGCGACGAUCCUCCUAGACCAGUACAUUGAUGCGCCGUUCCGCGCCGAGUGCGAGCGCAUGGCGCAGCGUGUACUUGCACGUGAAGAAGAGGCGAGGCGCACCGCCGAGCUCCAAAAGGCCGGCGAGGUGCACUCGCGGCGCCCCAAUGGGCAGCGCUACAGUGCACGCAAGCAAGGCGAGGCGCCCGGCCCCAACGACCUCGUGGACGUCUCGACGAUUGAGCGUGCACACAAACGCGUGCGCUCCACGUCUGCGCCUGCCGACGCACCCGACGAGCCGGAGGAAGAGGCGCCGAAGCGGCCGCGCACCGACGACGAGCCGGUGGCGGACGCGGUACCGCCCCCCGUCCCUCCGGCGGCGCCAGCGCUGCCUGACAUGUUGCUCUCCACCACGGCACAGGACGAGCUCGUGGCGAUGCUUGUGCGUACUACGAAUGGCUUUUCUAUCGAGCAACUCGAGCAGACCCGCGCCGCGUGCUACGACGCGAUCCUCGCCCACCGCACCGCGUGGGACCGCCAGCCGCUCCUCGCGGAGCUCCACACGGUUGCCCACGCGCUCCACGAAGCGGUGCACGGUCGUAGCGCAUAG